AUGGAGAAUCAAAAGCAGACGAGUUUUACGUUUGAGAUAGAUAAUUUUUCCGAGAAGGAAGGUCUCAUACGAUCUCCAAAAUUUUCAAGCGGCGGCUGCGAAUGGAUUGUUAGGGUUCAUCCCAAAGGAAAGAUUGUUAAUGAUCACUUGUCUCUGUUCCUUCACGUUGCGAAUCCUGAAUCAUUGAGACUUGGAUGGAAAAGACUAGCUAGUUAUUCCUUCUUUCUGGUGAAUCAAUCAGGCAAAGAGCUCUUCAGAAUAAACGAAGCGUUGUCCGAAUUGUUCUGCGCUCAGUUCCCAGGAUCUGGUAGGGCAAAGGCCGUGCCUCUUAAAAAACUUCAAGAAAAAGGGUUUUUGGAGAAGAACAAACUGAGAGUUAAAGUGGAAGUCAAAGUAGUUGAAGUUGUUGAUCAAGGAGAUGCCACUGGGAAUGAGACGUUUGAUGUCAAGGGUUUCCAAGUUCUUUAUUCUCAGGUGAUUUCAGUGACCGAGCUUUUCUUGAAACACCCUGACAUUGCUGCAAAUUUCAGAUUAAAGAACCAAUCGGUGAAGACAACAUACAUGAACCUACUUCUCGGUCUCAUAGAGACACUCAAAAAGCCUCAACAUACCUUCUCCGAGACUGUGCUAAGCAACGCUCAGGAUGAGCUGAUGGAGCUCACGGAAGCAGGAUUCAAGGUUGACUGGUUGAAGACAAAGCUAGAUGAGGUUUCCUUGGAGAGGAAGAAAGAUAAUGCUCGAGUCCAAGAACUCGAGGAACUCAUCAAGAAUCUCAAACUUGAACUGAACAAGGAGAAGAGCAAAACUGAUGCUUCUGAUGCUAAAGUUCUGUCGUUGGAGCAGACGGUGUCGGAUCUUAAAGACGUGCUGAACAAGCAGAAGCAUGAAUCUGCUGCUAAAGUUCUGCUGUUGGAUCAGACAGUGUGGGGUCUUAAAGAUGAGGUGUCGGUUCUUGAAUAUGAGGUGUCGGAUCUUGGAGAUGAGCUGAACAAGGAGAAGGGCAAAUCUGCUGAUAAAGUUUGGACAUUGCAACAGACGGUGUUGAAUCUCAGCGCUGAGCUAAAGAAGGAGAAGGGCAAAUUUGAUACUUGUGAUGCUAAAGUUUUGUCAUUGGAACAGACAGUGUUGAGUCUCAGAGAUGACCUAAAGAAGGAGAAGGCUGCUGCAUGCUCUUGGGAAGUAUUGGAUUACGCAGAUCUCCCUAAUGAUAAGUAG